AUGGAAGUCAUUUCCCGUUCCUCGUCCUCCUCCAGGUUGAAUCCCGACGCUCCGAUGUUCGUGCCGCUUGCCUAUCGGGCGGUGGAGGAUUUCUCGGAUCAAUGGUGGGAUCUAGUUCGCUCAUCAGGGUGGUUCCGCGACUACUGGCUCCGCGAGUGCUUCCAAGAUCCCCAAUACCAAAACGACGCAUUCGAUUUCGAGUUUGAUUUUGACCUAGAUCUGCAAGAAGAUGGAGACGAGAAUGGAGGGAAGGAAAGGAAAGAAAUGGUGUCUUUAGAGGUGCUGAAAUGGCGAAGCUGUGGGGGAGGUUGGGCCGAAGCACCCAGGUACAUUGAAAAGGCCCCAAAGUUUGUAAAGCCCAAAGUCAGUCCUCGGGCUAUUCACCAGCCCAGGUAG